UCCACACACUCCUCUGACUCUGCCUGCUCUCAUUCACUUGCACUUCAGUUCACCACUCCAAACCUGCAGAGUACAAACCUCUUCUCUGAUCACUUCGAGUCCACUGGCUGUGGACUGAGAGGUGGCGUGAAGAAGAGAGGGAAGAAUAAAGAGAAAGAGGAGACAAAUAAAGGAGACAAGAGGAAAAAACAAGGUUCUGUCAGAGAUGGGAGGAAACGAGAAGAAAAUUAACCAAGUUGUGGACAGGAGUGCUGGAGAAAGGGAGACUGAGUGUGGUUGUUUAAAAGCAGAAAACACUGAAUCACUGACCGCCGCAUGUCUGAGUGGUCGAUCAGCAGAUGAAGAUGGGUUUACAGGUACGGGGUCGAGUGCAAACCGCCUGGCUUUCUUCAGACACCUGGAGCGUGUGGAAACUCUGCGCUGCUACUGGGAGCUCAAACAUGUUGAGUUAAAAAGCAAGGAUGGUGUGGAGAAGCCAAAAGUAUGCUUAAAAGGGCUGAAAUCCCAGAAGAAGAAAAAGCCUCCAGAUGUAGCAGAUGCCGCACAGACUGACUUGGAGGAAGUACAAAAGCUGAACCAGCAGAACGCUGAGCUUUCUCAUGGCACUGCUGAGACUGCUGCUUGUGCAGCAGAGCAUCUGGACUUCAUUAAAGAUGAGCAAGAACCUGAAGAGAAAAAGAGAGAGGAACUGCAGGCAGUGGAACAAAAAGAGGAAGCAGAGAAGGAUGAGCAGAGGGAGAUUAGCAAUGAACAAGAUAAACAGGAGACAAAAAGACCAGAGGACCUGUGUGUUCCAGAUGUGCCCAGAUGUGAAAGCAGUGCUGUCUACCAGGAAAGCUCUGAAGAACACUGUGAGUUGACUGGCAGCACUAAGAGACGAGUCACAGAAGAGAAUCUGGAAAAAGAUGACCUUAAAAAGAGCAGGGUGGAGCAGAGGUCAGAGGAGGUGGAGGGAAGUGAGGAACAGAAGUCAGAGGAUGAUGCUGCCAAAGAGGGAACAAAGGAACCAGAAGAACCAGAAGGGGAGAAGAAAGAAGGAGAGACAAUAGCUGAAGAGUACAUAAUUGAUUGCUCGCCUCCACCUCCUGCACCUUUUGAGCACCGUGUGGUGACAUCAAAAACCCAACAGAUAACUGCAUACUACACCAUCAACAGAGAGGAAGUGCUUGGAGGUGGGCGUUUUGGAAUGGUGCACAAGUGUGUGGAGAAGUCUUCUGGUCUCACAUUGGCAGCUAAGAUCAUCAAAGCCAGAAGUCAGAAAGAAAAGGAGGUGGUAAAAAGUGAGAUUGAGGUUAUGAACCAGCUGAAUCACGCUAAUCUAAUCCAGCUUUAUGCAGCUUAUGAAUCUCGCUAUGAUGUCACUCUUGUGAUGGAAUAUGUUGAAGGAGGAGAGUUAUUUGACCGAAUCAUUGAUGAGAACUACAAACUAACAGAGUUGGACACAGUACUGUUCAUCAGGCAGAUCACUGAAGGACUGCAGUACAUGCACAAGAUGUACAUCCUGCAUCUCGACCUGAAGCCAGAAAACAUACUCUGCGUGAGUCGAGAAACAAAUAAAGUCAAGAUCAUUGACUUUGGCCUGGCGAGAAGAUAUAAACCAAGAGAGAAGCUGAGGGUGAACUUUGGUACACCCGAGUUCCUGGCUCCUGAAGUGAUCAACUAUGAAUUUGUCUCCUUCCCAACAGAUAUGUGGAGCUUAGGAGUCAUUACCUACAUGCUGCUAAGUGGUCUGUCCCCUUUCUUGGGUGACGAUGAUAACGAGACACUGAACAACAUCUUGGAGUGCAAAUGGGGCUUUGAGGAGGCAGAGUUUGAAGACAUCUCUGAGGAGGCCAAAGACUUCAUUAAACGCCUUCUUGUUCAGAGCAAGGGAUGGAGGAUGAGUGCGUCUCAGUCACUGAAACACCCCUGGCUGUCGGACCGAUCACUACACUAUCGUCUCCAUCAGAAAAAGAACAAAUGCCACUCCACCCGAGCUCCUCCUCCAGAGAGCUGAAACAGACGGUGUACUUUAUCCUCCUGGAGCCAGGAAGUCAAACUGGACCAACUACAUACCUGAACUGCCACCCAGCUGCUAUGUAUCCAUGAUUAGCUAUUACAGAACAGAGGUAGCAUAACUCAUGUAUGCUUUGAAUCCACAAAUAAGAUUAUGUUAUAAAAAAAUUGUAGAUGAUACAGAGCCCAGAGUCCACACUGUCAGGUCACACUAUACUUCUGGCAACAGAUAUUGAUGUCUGAUAUACAGGAAAUAUAUUUCUUUAUAGCUUACAGUGUUACAAUUGCUGUAUCUGGCAUACGCACAACUCUAAAACAGUACAAAAGCCACCAUUUAUUUAAGUCUUAUUAAUGUCAUAUUAAGUAUUGUGUUUGGUUGCUUACAUUGUGAUAUUUAUAAGGCAUGUAAAAUGUUGAACAUUUUGUUUUUACUGUACCAGUAUUGUGUAUACUUAAGAAAUGAACACAGAACAAUGUACUGUCAUUUACACUUGAAAAUCUUUCAUCGCCAAAAUCCUGCCAGUAAACGUUGUACUGUCUGCAGUUUUAGUUCAAAAUAUUAAUUACUGUACAAUGUAAAGAAGAGGUUUAAAAUAGACCAUUUUCUAGUUAACUGCAGUUAUCUUAGAAAAGUUCUCCUAGCUCUGCAUUUUAGUUUGGUCAAAACUGCAUAUUUAACUGAGCACUACAUAUUUGUAAAUGAGCUUCCGUGUGUACAAUUUGAAUUCACUUCCAUCAUAUAGAGGGAUGCCUUCCUACUCUCAGAUUCAAAGACCACAGAGGGCAGUGGAGUUAAUGAGAUUUGAAGUCUGAUAUUCUAUAGACAAGCAGGCAGUUAGACAGUUUUGCCACUCUACAGCUGUGAAGCUACGAACAUAACUGUAAAAGCAACAAUACACUGUCUGAGCAACAAUACAUUUUAAUUUGAUGUAUGUUUUAAUUUAUGUUUUUUUUAAGCAAAAGGUAAAAUGUUUUUAUAGUGUAUGCAUACACGAAUGGAAAGGUAAAUUUAUUCAGUUUAUUUAGUGUAAUUCUACAGCUCAAGAGCAGCCCAAUGAUCAGAGGGUCCUGCUUAUAAGAUGUUAGGUAAUGAUAGGUUUAAAUCGUAGCAAGGGCUCAGAGCUCCAUUAUCAGAAGC